AUGGAACAGCGAUUGGGCGCACAAAGUGUGGAGUCUGCAGGCGACGGCUCAGGCUCCUCAGGUUCCGAGUCAUCCUUCUUUCUUGGCAGCCGGUUGCCAGCAGCUUGGUUCGGCGACGGCAUGGACGAUGACAGUGGUUGCUCUCUUGACGCGGCGGGGAAGACCUCCGAGAAGACAGAGGGCAAGAACAUCCUUGACCUCUUCUCGGAAUCCCCUGCUGCUUCGAAGGAUGAGGAGCUGGAGCAUUCGCAGGAAGCUGACCCAGCGGAAGCCGACCCAGCGGAAGCCAUGCGAUUGGCCAAUGCAUUCCGUGCCUCUACCAUACCCGAAAAGCAGAUGGAUGCCAUAAAGGUUGUGGACUCCCCAGGAGAUGCGUACGAGGUCGUUUUUUGCAUGCCAGGCAUCACGGACGGUGCUCAGGGGCUUCGCGCUGGCGAGUCGGGAGUAUCCUUCGCGGACACUGCCAUGGGUUCUUGGCGGACGACGCAGAUAUCCCACCAAACAUCCGAAAGCCGAGAAGCCAUGUGGCGAUGCCUGCUGAUAUGGCUCUUUGGGGCCAGAGUGCGAGGAGAUGGCGACGGCGACUGGUGGGUCACCUCCGGGAACUGCAAGAUUGACUCGGAUGGCUGUGCUACGAGCCCGCGGUAUCCCUCCAGGUACAACAACAACCGAGACUGCGAGAUUGAGGUUGCCCCUGGAAACACGAAGGCGAUCAUGGUUGCCCAGUUCUCCACAGAAGCCAGGUACGACUUUUUGGAAGUCAACGGCAUUGCUUUCAGCGGAGAAAUCGGCCCGGAGAACGUUGUGCCUUCCGGAGUGAUCAAGUGGGAUGCGGACUACUCAAUCACCGACGAGGGGUGGCGACUGUGCCUUCAGGAGUUUGUGGGAAGCAGGUAG